AUGGUUUACCCCGGUCAUCCAAGUCGGGGUUGUUUUGCAUGUCGUCGGAAAAAGGUCAAGUGUGAUGAGACAAAGCCACAGUGCAAUCGAUGUACCAGGGUUGGAAAAGUCUGUCCCGGGUAUAGAUCCGAAAGCGAGAUAUCGUUCAAGUACGUCAAAAUUCGUGAACGAGAUCACUCAGACGCUGCCAAUCACCAUACCAACCAAAACGAGGGGGCCUUGAUAUUGCCAAUCUAUGGCCCUCUAUCGGACGAUGAUUCAUCCUCGAGUCCAUCGCACAGAACGCGAGAGAGCUCAAGCGAAACUAUCGAUAUGCCGUUCUUCCAGCCAUUGCAGCAGCCGUGGACACACUUGGCGCUACCUUUGUUCAUCAACUUGUUCACAACAUCAUUGGGACGAGACUCUAAGCAAGGACUACUGACAUUCUUGCCCAGGCUAUAUCGUGGUUCGACCUCGGACUCACCCCUUCAGUUGGCUGUCAGUGCAGCCACAGAUGCGAACGCGGUGCGAAAAUUGACGGAUCAUGAAGCCAUAUUUCAAGCUCGUCGAAGCCAUGUUCAGGCACUAGUGGCAGUACAAAAAGCUAUCGAGAACCCCAAAACCGCGACAAAUGAUACCACGCUGUGCUCGCUGUUUAUUUUGACCCUUUUUGAAUAUAUCAGUGGGGACACGAUGAUUGCCCACGGAUCUCAUAUCGCAGGCUAUGAAGCAUUACUAGAUCUCAGAUCCCGUGAUAUUGACUCCGAGUCUCAAGAGUACGCAUUGGAUCUUGCAGUAGCGACACAAAUUGUGGUUAAGCAUAUGAGAACUCGUACUCUGCCUUCGCCUCGUACGAUUGAGAUCUUCGAAACCCUCAAUAAAUACGACCCGAGCACUGUGGUUGUGCAGAUUAACCUCAAGGUGAUCCAGUUCAACAAUUACAGCGAUACCGUGCUGGAACGCACUGAGCACACCGAGGUCGAGACCCAAGCGGUAGACUUACACGACCUGAUAAUGCUUGGAGAGCGAAUUGAUGACCAAGCCCAUAUCUGGCCAGGCACGGAUGAGUCUCUCUACCUUUAUCAGACAGUAAAUGCACCGCUUUCGGGCUGGGCUCGGCCAUUCUACGUCUAUGAGACACUGGCUGUUGCUAACGACUGGAACCUGGUCAGAUGUGCCAGAAUCUCCUUAUCGCUGUCAAUAAUAAAGUGCUGCCGGUCCCUGUUCAAGACAGGUUAUAUGCAUUUGGAAGCAGACAACGCUCUCCAAAGAGCAAAAUCGACAAUCACCACUAUGCUUGAAGACAUAGUGGCAAGUUUCCCAUACUGCCUUGGAAAAGGUGACGCCAAAUGGAAUCUACCUGUUUCGGGCAUUGGUACCAGUGGAUUUGCGCUGCUCUGGCCCAUUGGAGUACUUCUUCGAUGCGGAUACGCGACGCCAGAGCAAAUAGAAUCGGCGUUGCAGAUGCUUGACUAUAUUGGUGGUCCAUUGGGUCUUCAAAGAGCGAUUGUUCUCAAGCAAGCCUGGGCAAGCGGCGACUUUCGUUGA